AGGGAUUUGGUUUCGUCCGGGACGCCCCAAGAUUCUUCCAGAAGGCGGCGGCGAGGUGCACACAGCCUCGCGUGGUGGAUCUGCUCUUCUCUAUAUUAUAAUUAACAUAGUGUCCUGGUAGCUCUGUGCGUUUCAUCGUUCAUAAUGUCUACUCUGGGAACGAUAGCCUUCGAUGAAUAUGGCCGGCCUUUCAUUAUUAUUAAGGACCAGGAGAAGAAAUUUCGGCUGACCGGCCUUGAUGCGCUUAAGUCGCACAUCAUGGCUGCAAAGGCAGUUGCCAACACCCUGAGGACUUCACUGGGUCCAAAUGGACUCGAUAAGAUGAUGGUGGAUAAGGACGGAGAAGUGACGGUCACCAACGAUGGCGCUACCAUUCUCAGCAUGAUGGACGUGGAUCACCAGAUCGCCAAACUCAUGGUGGAGCUCUCAAAGUCUCAGGAUGAUGAGAUUGGAGACGGCACCACUGGUGUUGUAGUUCUUGCCGGGGCUCUCCUCGAGCAGGCCGAGCAGCUCUUGGACAAAGGGAUCCACCCAAUCCGCAUCUCUGACGGCUAUGACCAAGCCGCACGAAUUGCCAUUGAUCACCUGGACAAGAUCAGCGACAGCUUCCCCGUGGACACGAGCAACACAGAGCCGCUCAUUCAGACAGCCAUGACUACACUCGGCUCUAAAGUGAUUAACCGAUGCCACAGACAGAUGGCAGAGAUUGCUGUGAAUGCCAUUCUUACCGUGGUAGACAUGGAGAGAAAGGAUGUGGAUUUUGAGCUCAUCAAGAUGGAAGGGAAAGUCGGAGGUAAACUGGAGGACACUCAGCUUAUCAAAGGUGUUGUCGUGGACAAAGAGUUUAGCCAUCCUCAGAUGCCCAAGGUUCUAAAGGACACAAAAAUUGCCAUCCUGACCUGCCCAUUUGAGCCACCCAAGCCUAAAACCAAGCACAAGCUGGAUGUGACCUCAGUGGAAGACUAUAAGGCUCUACAGAAAUAUGAGAAGGAUAAGUUCCUGGAGAUGAUUAAGCAGGUGAAGGAUAAUGGCGCAAAUCUUGCCAUUUGCCAGUGGGGCUUUGACGAUGAGGCGAAUCACCUGCUGCUGCAGAACGAGCUCCCUGCUGUGCGCUGGGUCGGAGGGCCUGAGAUUGAGCUGAUUGCCAUUGCCACCGGCGGCCGCAUUGUGCCCAGGUUCAGCGAGCUUACUCCAGAGAAAUUGGGCGCCGCCGGCCUUGUGCGAGAAGUUUGCUUCGGCACAACUAAAGACCACAUGCUCAUCAUCGAAGAGUGCAAGAAUUCCAGAGCUGUUACUAUCUUCAUCCGUGGUGGAAACAAAAUGAUUAUCGAGGAGGCUAAGAGAGCACUGCAUGAUGCCCUGUGCGUCAUCCGUAACCUGGUCCGCGACAACCGCAUUGUUUAUGGCGGCGGUGCAUCUGAGAUUUCCUGUGCUCUUGCUGUUAAUGAAGCUGCUGAUAAGUGCCCCUCUCUGGAGCAGUACGCCAUGCGGGCAUUUGCCGACGCUCUAGAAGUCAUUCCCAUGGCUUUAGCAGAGAACAGCGGAUUAAACCCCAUUCAGACAAUGACUGGGGUCAGAGCCCGGCAAGUCAAAGAAGCAAACUCUGCACUGGGAAUCGACUGUCUGCGUCUGUCCACUAACGACAUGAAGCAGCAACAUGUGAUUGAGACCCUCAUUGGAAAGAAACAGCAGAUUUCCCUAGCAACCCAAGUGGUGAAGAUGAUCCUGAAGAUCGAUGACAUCAGAAACCCUGGCGAAUCUGAAGACUGAUCAUGUCUCAAGCACUCAAUGCAACAGCAUUGUUUAGCGUUAUUUAUCAUUUCAUACAGCACUCGUUCACCGUGUAGAUGAGAAACAAUUAAAAUGUUGUUAACUUAG